UAAAUGAGUGGAGAAGUCUCGCGUCACAUCCUGUUCAUUCCCGAAUCCAUAAUUAUUGUUCAUUUGGAUCAUUCGAUUUUUGGUUUCGGGUGAUAAGGGUGUGCCCCAAAACUCCCAUUUGUGCAUGACUCUGGUGAUAUAUUCAGUAUGAGUAAGAUCGACCCAAUAAACUCCAUCCCCGCAUUUUACGCGGGGAAGAGUGUAUUCAUAACUGGUGGCACUGGCUUCAUGGGGAAAGUUUUGAUAGAAAAAUUGUUACGCUCGUGUCCAGACGUGAGAGAAAUAUUUAUUCUCCUGAGACCGAAAAAGGGAUUUGGAGUGGACGACAGACUUCGAAAAUUGUUAGCACUGCCGGUGUUCGAUAAACUGCGGAAAGAACGUCCAUCAGCGUUCGAUAAACUGAUUCCAAUCGUUGGAAAUACUGCGGAUGAGGCCUUGGGAAUACCGGACGUUGAGAGAAGAGUUCUUAUCGAACGUGUUUCAGUGAUUUUUCACGUGGCUGCUAGUGUAAGAUUCGACGACAGUCUGAAAGAAGCAAUUUUUCUCAACACUAGGUCUACAAGGGACGUGUGUAUUCUCGCGGCUCAAAUGAAAAAUCUGAAGGUCUUUGUGCAUGUUAGCACGACUUAUUGCCAAGCUGAUAAGCCAGAUGUUGAGGAGAGACUUUACUCCUUCGAUGUUGAUUGGAAGAAGGCGAUAACAAUUGCUGAGAAAGUCGAUGAUCAACUUCUCAAACCUUUCACGUCUAAAUACCUAGACAACUUCCCCAACACCUACACAUUCACAAAACGCCUCGCGGAGCAAGUUGUGUCUGACUAUUCGCACGCAAUUCCCUGUGUGAUCUUCAGACCAUCGAUAGUGGUGUCAGCCCUGGAGGAGCCCAUGCCUGGGUGGAUUGACAAUUUCAACGGCCCCGUGGGCAUGCUUAUCGGAGGCGGAAAGGGCAUUCUGAGGAUUCUCUUUGGGGAGAAACAUCUCAACGCUGAUUUCAUUCCCGUGGACAUUGCCAUCAAGGCGAUGUUGACUGCCAGUUGGAAACGAGGGCUCGUACCGAUAACCGCAGAUUCGUCGGUUCACGUGUACAAUUGUGCAUCAGCUGACGUGAAAAGUGUCUCCUUCGAGGAACUUAACAAUAUGGGAAUGCGUGUGAUCGAUAAGUAUCCAUUGGAGGGUAAUAUCUGGCGACCAGGAGCCUUUCACACUAAAUCCAAGACUGUUUACUAUCUGCUGGUUCUCCUGCUCCACCUCUUCCCUGGAAUGAUUAUCGAUACGGUCCUAAAAUUCAGUGGAGGGAAACCAAUGCUCGUGAACCUCCAUCGGAAAAUUUACAGUGCAAACAAGGCUCUCGCAUAUUUCCUGACGAACCAGUGGCAUUUUCAGAAUGGGAAAAUGAGGAGUUUACUGAGUGACGUACCACCAGCUGACGUUGAUUCUUUCGGAUACGAAUAUGCAACUUUCGAUGCGAAUUGCUACUUCAAGAACUGCCUAAUUGCUGCUAAACAAUUUCUCCUGAAAGAAGAUCUGGAAAAUCUACCCGCAGCGAGAUUGCAUUACGAAAGAAUGGUGUGGGUCGACAGGGGUUUUAAGGCCCUCUCCGUGGCCUUCAUGAUUUGGCUGAGUAUCCACAGUGGAUUGGUCAGCUGGAUGUUAUCAGCCUUGGAUUCUUCCAACAGAAUACUCACUGGCACAUAGGAACUCUCAACAUUACUACACUCAAAAACCCGCAAUCAUUGUCAGAUCUCAAAGGAAUUCAAUGUAUUCUGAUAUAUCCAUCAAUAGAUAAUUUCUUCGCAUAAAUUUGUAACAAGUCAUGUUAUUUUAUUACAAAACAAAAUCUCGAUAAUCCAUAACUUCCCGACUGGCGAUAAUCUUUAGCGGUUUCUGGUCGACGGACCUUGGUAAAUAUUUUCAGUAAAGGUCACGUCCACAGCCAAUCAAUUGCGAGUUUUUUUUAUCACAUGAAAUUAAUCUCACGAGCUGAGUGCUUUCCAACAGGAAUUGAAUUGGAAAAAUUUAGGAGACAAAUAUGUCACCAAUACUUUGAAAAAAUUGACUGAUUUUCACUAAUCAUUGAAAAACUGGAAAAAAAUUGUCUACUUUAUUAUUUGUACUAAAAUACAAUUGUCUUCUUGGAUUCAGAAUAAAACCACAAUUUGAAAAA